AUGCAAUUGACAUCCUACAUUUCCAUCAUCGUGGCCAUUGCCGGCUUUGUCAGCAGCGCCCCAUCCCCUGCCCCUGCCAACGGUGUCGGCACCAUUCAGGCACGAAAGUCCGAGGAUGGCGAUGCCGCCGCGAAGAGGUCGGCCGGCCGCUUCAAGCCCAUCUGGGUAGUUGGUUACGACGAAGAUGAAGAGAAAGGCGAACACAUCGGUUUCCGCCUCUUUUCCGAGGGAGACGAUGACGAUAGCGCCGCUCACGGUGAGGGCAUGAAGUCCCAUGGGGGUAAGACCAAGGCCCACGCGCCGGAGGGCAAAGACGACCACGAGUCCUCGUUCUGGUACUACUACUAUACUUAUUAG